UUACCUGCGAUGCGUUGCAGUGGCAUAGAGCUAAUCUACCUAGUGGAUGCUAACAAGUGUCUCUCUUUGCAUUGAGGAAAAAUGACAAAAUCACAGUGAAAGACAGUUAGUUAGAUAAGUAUCGGACAACAUACAUCACAUCUUCACUGGAUUACUGCGCGUGAGGAGGUUAAUCCUUGCAUUUGUGUGUAGCUAGCUUGCUAGCUAGUUAGCUAACAAGCGAGCCAGCCUGCCAGACGGGCUGUUCGAAAGGUUGGGAGCCGAAUGUUCGCCGCUGUGUGGUGAAACCAGAUUAACAAAUUUUAACCCUUCGAACCACCACAUGAAAUCCUAAAUAUCUCCAGUCCCAGCCUUCAGACAGGCGCUAUGGAGGAGUCAGACGUGGAGCAGGUGACCCUGGCCCUGCUGGAUUCAGCCAAUGACAAGGACCCGGUGGUCAGGGAGCAGGUCAGGAAGUCCAUACUGACCCUGGGGAAGCAGCAGCCUAACAAGGUCCUGUCCAUGUGCCAGGACUACCUGGUCAAACACCCCAAGCUUGUAGUUGGGCACAGAGUUGUUAUACUGCAGACGAUUGAGCUAAUUGUGAAGACCAAGAUAGAGGACAUCAGCUACCCGAAAAUCAAAAGCAUCAUUUCUUUGGCCUCUGAUGAAAUGACCCGAUCAAAGGAUGUUGUACCUGAUUGGCAACAGGCAGCCAGCAAUAUUUUGGUUGCUGUGGGAAACAAGUAUAUCAAUGACAUCAUGGAGGAAAUCCUCAGCAAGUUCCAGCCAGGGGUCCUGCCUCAUUUCUUUGUGGUCCAAACGUUAGCAAGCCUCUCUGAAUCCAAUGUUUAUGGUAUGGUGCCGUUUCUCAAUGCCAUCUUGGGCACCAUGCUCCCAAUGCUGGGCAUGGCCAAGCAGGACAACAUGAAGUGGGUGUUCUCCUCUGCUCUGUCCCACUUCAGUGAGAGCAUCCUGGAGUACCUAGCCAACCUGGACAAAGCUCCUGACCCGACUGUGAGAAAGGACACGUUCUCCAGCGAGAUCUACGCAGCCUACGACAUCCUCUACUGCAACUGGCUCCAGAGCAGGGAAUCCAAGCUACGACUAACAGUGGCAGAAGCAGUGGGAUCCAUGAGUCACCUGAUGGCCCAUGAUAAACUGGAGGAGCAGCUUCCCAAACUCAUUCCCACAAUCCUCUCCCUGUACAAGAAGAACACAGAGCAUUACAUCAUCAGUAAGAGCCUGUGUCAAGUUCUGGAUGCUUCUGUGAACAUGGGCAGCAGAGUUCUGGAGACGCAGAUCGACAGCCUGCUCACUACUCUACACCAGCAGGUUUGCGCACCUGUUGACUACAGCAACCCACCGACGGUGAAAAAUCACAACGAGGUAUUAAGAUGCUUCAGCAUACUAGCCAACACCUUCCCAGACCGGCUGAUCAUGUUUGUGCUUCAGAAACUGGAGAACAGUAAUGAGAGGAACCGCAUGGGCUCCCUGGCCGUGCUCCGACACCUCAUCAACUCCUCCACAUCCAUUAUGGAGUCGAAGAAGCUUCUCAUCCUGGCCAGCAUCAGACAACCACUGGCUGACCACAGCAAUAAGGUGAAGAAGAGGGUUGUCCAGGUGAUCAGUGCCAUGGCUCACCAUGGUUACCUGGAGCUGGAGGGAGGAGACCUGCUGGUCAAGUUUAUCAUCCAACACUGUGCUCUCCCUGACACCUACUAUCGUCCAGGCCAGCGCCCCAGUGACCCGGAGGAAGUGACCAAUGAGGCUCUGCGGAGCAUGUGUGACAACACACUUGACCUCUUCACUACGACUGUGGGACGCCUGACUGACGUCCUGUGGCCCAUGUUGCUGUACUACCUGACCCCAGGUCAGUACUCCAACGCCACCGCACCGCUCUGCAAGAGCCUCACACUGCUGGGCACCAAGAAGAGAGCCGCCCAGGAGUCCAACUUCAACAUAGACUUCAACGAGCAAGUUAAUCUUCCCUCUCCACAUAUACUGAUGGUCCGGCUCUUGGUGAACGGUUCGUUCCCGUUCCGGAGUCGUGGCCAUGGUGCACCGUCUCUGUCUCUACUGAACGUCAUAAGCCCUAAUAUCCACCCCAACACUGAGACACUCUGGGAGAAGGAGAUCCCUGCUCUCCUCAGCUACCUGGAAGAGUCUACACCAGAAACACUAGACAACAAGAAAUGGGAAGAGAGUCUAUUACAGCUCCUAGCCAAGUCCCUGGUGGCCAUAGCUGAUGACAAGUGGAGCUGCCAGCUGGCUAUAGAGGCCACGCGUUACCUCUCCACCUAUAAUCAGUCCCUGGAGGAGAAGAGUUUCCUCUACAGGUGCAUUGGAGUGACUCUGCAGCAUUGUUACAACAAGGAGGUGGUCCAGAAGCAGCUGCAGGAGAUACUGAUCAGCGCACGACACAACGACGCCAUCGAGAGAGCGGGUGUCGCCAUGGGGAUCGGGCUGUGUGCCAGCAGUCAUCUCGAUGCCACUCUGGCCAAACUGGACGACUUUGGGAAAUCUGACGCCUUCAAGAAAGCCUCAGGAAUAUUCAGCCUGCUCAAAGACAAGAAUGACGUGGAUGUAGAGAAGAUGAAGAGCACACUGAUCCUGUGUUACGGUUACGUAGCACUCCACGCCCCAGAGGACCAGAUCCUGUCCCGCAUCGACUCCGACAUCCUCCGCAGCAUCAGUAAGCACUUCAACACCAAGGUUCUGGGGAUUAAAAUAGAGACCAAGGACCUGACCAUGAAGCUGAGUCUGAUUCAGAGCGUGGGGCUCAUAGCCAAGGCCAUCAGCACCGUCGUACGCAAACAGGGCUACAUGUUCGUCCGCAAGCAGGAACUCAUGGGAGUCAUGAUGGAUUUUAUCAAGGCAGAACCGACGGAUGCCAUGCGGACUCCGGUUCGCCACCUUGUGAUGACGACGUGUGCCAACCUCAUUAACCUGGAGCCGGCGCUGACGGAGAAUGACAACUUUGAGAUGCUGCGGACGUGUCUGAACGGUGUGUACGGCCUGCCCCCGCUGGACACUCCAGACAAGGAAAGGGGCAAAGACGAAGAGGUGCUGGAGCCCAAACAGAGAGAGGCGUUAUACAAAGACACCUUCAAUGCGCUUCAGGAGUUGUUGAGGAAUAUUCUUGCAAGAGACCUGAGUCCAGACGGACUACAGAGUGUAUUCAAGCACAUUGAGGCGUGGUUGAGUUCUGGUCAGGACCAUGAGAGGGAGAGGGCGAUGAAGACCACAGCUCACAUCCUAGAGUUCUACUUCAACAGCCUCAACGUCAAAAACAUGGUAACUUUCCACAACCUGGGUUCUCUCCUGGGCCGCCUGGCCCCCCGAUGCACCGACCCCAACCCCCUGGUCCGCAGGGCAGCCAUCGACUGCAUCUACACCCUGCUCUACAUCCAGCUACGCUACGAAGGCUUCUCUCUGGACUAUAAAGACGACUCGGUGGAGAGACUGAUCACAUUGAGGGAGAGCAUGGACAACCCAGACCACUCUGUCCUCUACAAGACCUGCUCCGAGCUCGCCAAGAUCAUCAGUAAGCGUCUGCCCCAGCAGCAGCUCAACACUCUGAUCUUCAUGUUGUUUGAGGGGCUGGUGGACUCCCAGUCUAACUGCUCCAGAGCCUCCAGUGUUCUACUCAACACCCUGCUGAAGAACAGAGGAGCUGGACUACAGGACCUGGUAUCAGAGAUUCUGGAGGUGCUGCACAUCCGUCUGCAGAUGAUCAGUGAGGAGCAGGUGAAGGUGUCUGUGGCCCAGUCCAUCCUCAUCCUGGCUACACAGCACCUCCAGACUGUCAUCAACACACUCAUCUCCUACCCCCUGCCCUUCGACAGUUGGAGCUGUGAGAUGUGGAUUGCCCUGGGGGCAGACAGUAACCUGGCCUCUCAGAUCAUGGAGAUGCUGAUGGAGAAGCUCAACAUCAUGGUGCCCUACGUGGACAAGAAGGAGUCCAUGAUGAGAGCAGGCCUUACCAAGGUGGCCACCAGUCACCCUCUAGCUAUGACUUGUGCCCUGAAGGAGAUGAUGCUGAACGGCCAGAGCCAGGAGGCGGUGGUGUCCCUGUUCCCUCAGCUCUUCAGCUCCCUGCUGAUCCGCCUGGGCUCCAGCGUGGGGGUCACACUCCCCAAAGACAUCAACAGCAACAGCAUCGGAACAAACAGGAAGAGCCCCACCAAACUGGCCGCCGGCUUCGACGUGUGUGGGGUAGCGGUGGAGGCGUUGCGGAUCCUCCUGGCCCGGGCCCAGCUGGACGAUGUAGUGAAAACUCUGGACCAGGAGGGGGCCUGGGACAAGAUGAAGGACCCCCAGCAGCACACCACCGGGGUCACCCUCCUAGCCAGGGCCAUGGCCAGGCACGCAGGCCCCCGUCUCCCGGCCAUAGUGGAGUGUCUGUGCCCCUGUCUCAACAACAUCUACGAGUGUCAGAGGGUCACUAUCACAGCCUUUUUCUCUGAGUUGCUGAACCACCACGUGGUGACAGAGCUGAUGAUGAUGGAUGUCCUGAUGAACAACAUGAUGGAGCGUAUCUCUGACCCCUGCUGUACCGUCCGCAUGCUGGCCGUCAGGGGGCUGGGGAAUAUCGCCGUGGGAUCACCUGAGAAGGUAAAUAAGUAUGCCAAGGAGCUGCUGGCUGCUAUGAGCUCUGGGAUGGAGGAGAAGGAUGACCCUGGGAAACACAUCACUCUGGAAGCCAUGUCAGGCCUGUCCAAGGUGCUCCUCUACCUGGACAAGAAGAACGUCCAGCUGCUGGUCGUCUACAUCUUCAUGAAGAUCAAACCCUUCCUGGAGAGUGAGAAUGAUGAGAUCCGCUGUGCCUCCAUCAUGCUCCUGGGGAACCUGUCUAAGUUUGGUUCAGGAGAGCCUGUGUUCAAGGACCAGAUCCACAACGUUCUGGUUAGCCUGCUGCUGCACCUCAGUGACCCCAACCUGCAGGUGGUCAAGGCAUGUAAGUAUGCCAUGCGAGUGUGUGCUCCAGUGGUGGGCUCAGAGCUGAUCACCACUAUGUUCCAGAACCAUCUCCACGAGGACAAGAGUCUGCACUACGGCGAGUUCAUCAACGACCUCACCAAAUAUAUUAUUCAAGACUUCCCUGGCAUGCUCAACUUCUACCACAUCACCGUUAUCCAGUUCUUCAAAAGCAACUGGGCCGAGGUUCGGGCCAGCGCUGCUAUGUUUAUCGGUUUCCUUCUGGGUAAUCUUCCUGAGGAAUUAUUUUCUCACAUCAACAUGGGGAGUGUGACCAAAGGUCUGGUCAUGCUGCUCCAGGACCCAGACCCAGUGGUGAGAGUCAAGGCAGCUGAAGCUAUGGGCCACUUCCAUUGAACACAAACAUCCUGCCUGCCAUUCAUUACUUAAUUUGCUUUUUCUGUUUUCUUCAUGUUACUGCUUUCUAAGAAGAUGAUAUGGUACUUUACAUGUUGACAGUGGAACUUGAAUUAGUCCUUGAAAGUAUGUAUUAGUGACCAAAGACUAUACCUCCAUGUAUAGAAAAACAUUUAUAGCACUUUGGAGCAGUAUAAUGAAAUCUGUUGAAAUGUUUGGAAUUUCUCUUUAGCGCAUUCAGAGAAUGUUGACAGUGUGUUAGGGUUAGGCCAAUGGGUCUGACGGCCGCUGAUCUUUGUGUUUAGCUGAAUUCCAAAUCUAGCCCUCUUCCCUAGGCACUCCUGUAGACCUGAAGGGAUUGGAAAGGUAUAGGCAAUAUGCUAGUUACUUCCUUCAACUUUGCCUCCUGAUGGUAUUUACCUGCUGGAUGGAAUUUCCACCAUAUUGGUUAUAGCUAUCCAUCCCCUUCAGGUCAAGAGGAGGGGCUAGAGGGGAGGGGCUAGGGGUUGAUUUGGAAUUUAGCCUUUCUGUGCUGUAAGCCUCCAGCCUCCACUGCAUUUAUUCACACUAGUCUAGUGGAUCAACUACCUAAACACACAAGUAGGGCUGGCACUAUUACCGUGUAACCGGCGGUUAUGGAUGAAGACAGUCAUGAAAAUAAAAUAACCGCCAUUACCGUAAAAAAAAAAAAAAAUGUUGUUUUGUGGAACGAACAGCUGACUGAAGACUGGACCGCCGGGCAUUCGUGCGGUUGAGUCCAUUUGUGCUGCAACAUGGACUCUUAACAACAUGAUUAAACUUUGUUGUAAUGUAGAAUGUUCAUUCAAAUGAUGUUAACUGAUGUGGCUCAUGCAAUGGAAUGUACUGUAUUUUUUUGUAAUGUCUAUUGAGUUGAAUCACCAAAUCACAGCACAUAUUUUACUUCCUGCUUUUCUGCUAUGGGUACACUCACAAUGGCUGCCAGUCCACCCAUUAUACCAUCAUUGACUUGAAUGCGGAUGCCUGUUCUACUCAUUCAAUUUCUAUGGCAGCACAUGCGGUCAGGAAAGAAGUAGAGGAGAAAUGUGCGUCUAUUUAUUCAUUUGUACUUUUUUGCUAUUCCAACGGUUGUUACGGUGACCGCAGUCAUUUGGCUAACCAAUUACCGUCAUACAAAAUUCUAUGACCGUCACGUCCCUACACACAAGGAUCAGCAGUAAUCAGCCAUGUCCAAGGAGGCUGUCUGUCAGUAAGGACAGCUCAAAACCACCCCGUGUACCCACUUUUACAGUUAUAUCUGAGGCAGAAGUGAUUUCAGAGGCUCCAUUCAUUCUCAUGCUAGGAUUGUCUAGCAACAAGACUGCAUCCUAAAACACGCUAUUGUAGUUUGUUCAGAAAAUGUUAUCUUGUAGGAACAGGAGUUUUCUUCUGACCACAAGACCUCACCAGGAAAAAAAAACAGGCCCUAGUUAUAUAGGUAUACAUUGAUGGCCCAGAAUUUCUACUUGUCAGGUCGGGGAAAACGCCUGGGUCACGUUCAUUAGGACCACGCAACGGAAAAUGAAUACGGGAAGUUCGUAUCGUUGGACAAGUCCAGAUAGUUUCUCCCCGUUUUCAGUCCGUUUUCUUCCGUUUGGUGCCUAAUGAACGUGACCCCUAGUCUUUAUCUGUUCUUCCUCUUUACCCUAGGUUCAACAUGUACGCAACCAGGCACUCCCGUGGAGUCGCCGCACAGUGCCAAAAUAAUCAGACCUGGGUUUAAAUACUAUUUGAAUUCUUUAAAAAAUAGUGUUGUUUACUUUAACCUGCCAGGGGGGCUGGGUUUGCAGUUUUGCCAGCGCUAUUCUAUUGGUUCCAUUGCGCCAGCAGGCAAGCAGAAUUAAGAACAGCUAAAGUACUUGAAAUUAUUUCAAUUGGUAUUUGAACCCAGAUCUGCAAAUAAUAGAUUUACUGAGUAGCUGUGUUUUAAGAUGGACGCAAUAACAUUUCAUUCCUUUUCAUACCUCUCCUUGUGUUAUCUAUCCCUUUCUCUUAAAAGAUGGAAUGCACUUCAUUUUUCCUUUCCAUGUGAUUGCAUGUGUCGCUCCACACGAUAGGGUUAGGGUACUGGUUAUAAGUAUACUGAGGUAUUAAGCUAUGACAUUCCUGUCAUUAUUGUUGCUCUUAAGUAAGUUGUAUGUUGCGCUACUAAAUCGGUAUGUCGUUGUACAUAGUAAAUGACACAUCCAAAUGUUUUCAUUGUGUUACUGAUGGAUAGAGCUGGUGCGUCUGUGGUGAACUACAUUAUAGGCACUGUUUAAUGUGUUGCCUACGUUGGGUAAAAGUGUCGGCUGGUCAUGGUCCUAAAGUACAGCUGGAUUAAACCUGUGUGUCUGUCAGUGUCCGGGGGGUUUCUUUCGGGGUAUUGAAGGGUUACUGAGGAUGAUGGCUGCUUUGUUGGACCAUUGUUAAUGUAAUAUUUUAAUGUGACAUCUUUCAAUAAUGGACAUGGGGAAAAAGUGCACUGUAUUAUGUAUGCACACUGUGAAACAGGCCGAUGAUGAUGGCAAUCAUAUUUUAUUUAGAAAAUAAAAAGUGAUGAUCCCUAGAAAAAUAA